AUGGGCUUAAGAAAGCUAUUCAAAGGCCUACGUCCAUCAUAUAGAAAAGAUGCCUCACAAUCUACGUCACCGUCGCCGUCUGUGUCAACAGCGUGUAUCAACAAAAAUGAUACCAAAACAGUCGUGACUAGUAGUCAGACUCUACAAUCAGGUGCUUGUAUCUCUGAUACCAAUUUCACUACCAAGUACAGCAUGCACAGGGACUUGUGGGAUGAAGCCUACGCUGCUCUCGGCAGAGAAGACCCAAGAUUAAAUCAAAGAUAUGAAGAGAUCUUGCUGUCUCAGGAGGAUCGAAAUGGGAAACCAACGUGGAAUCAUUUAGCGCCCGAUGGUUCAUAUCAACGGGAGAAGCAGCUACGGCAGAUAGCAGAGAGCAUGGUCGAAGAAUUAGAUCUGGCACAAUGGCAACUCAGAAUUGGUAGCCACUCUGUGGAUGUCGGCGGUCGGUUCGAUAAAGUUGUCAAGAUUGUGGUUGCAGCCAAGGAAUUCGUAUCGUCGGCUGUUAGUUCAGAGCCUCAUGCCGCAUUAGCUUGGGCCGGAGUGUGCAUUUUCUUGCCGCUUCUUUUAAAUCCAUCAGAACAGAAAUCGGCUGUGCAUGAUGGCCUUGAGGCUAUACCAUUUACCGUCCACAGAUUAAGGGUCAUGGACAGACUAAUCAGGCCAGGAAACGCUGGACUCACUCAGAUUAUCUAUCAGAAUGAUAGCCUGGAGCUUGUCAAGGGCUUUGAAGAUACAACUGUUGAGCUAUAUAAGACAAUCCUCGAAUUUCAGAUCCGAAUAAUGAGGCAGUGUUCAGAUAAUUGGGCAAAACGCUACGGGCGUGAUGUUUUCAAAGCCGAUGACUGGACGAGUCUGACAAGUCGGAUCAAGACUCUUGAGUUAAGGUGCACUGAAAUCGCUCAAGAUUUAAGUCGCGAACGGAUCGAAAAAGCCCUUCAACUUAGUGAGCACAACAUGCAGCGCGGUCUACAGGAAGUCCAGCAAGAGUUGGAGAAAACGACAUGUGGCAUUAGGCAGCAGACUAUGAUGCAAUCUGCUUGGCGUCAGACUGACGAGGAGCGGAAUUGUGUACAACUUUUUCGAAAAUCUAAUCCGUACGAAAAUCAGAGAAACAGAACGCCAAAAAGGGUUUUGGAAACGGGAAAAUGGUUCCUGGAGAACAGCAAAUUCCUCGAUUGGCGAGAGAACGAAGGACCUGAUCUUCUUUGGUUGUCUGCUAAGCCCGGUUCAGGAAAGUCAGUCUUAGCAAAGACAAUCAUUGAUGAAAGUCUGGCUACUUUGAGUCAUCAGAAGCGGUCCGUGGUCUGUUAUUUCUUCUUCAAAGAUAUCUCCCCGUACCAGAGGAGUGCAUCCAGCGCCAUAUCUGCGAUCUUGCACCAAAUUUUCUCUGUGUUCCCAUCUCUAGUGAAACACGCUCUCAUGCCCUAUGAUUUGAAUGGAAAAGAUUUACUCCAUUUGUUUAACGAGAUGUUUGAUAUACUCUGUAAAGCAGCUGCUGAUUCCAGCAUCGGACAAGUUGUGUGUGUACUGGAUGCUCUCGACGAAUGUAGUGAUGAUGAUCAAUUCCUUCUGAUCGAAGCAAUCACCAAUUUCUACCAUGAAGCCAAGAAUACUUCAAACAUUGACAAUCAGCCCAAGUUGAAGUUUCUCCUAACUAGUCGCCCUUAUUCCCAUAUCCAUUCGCAUUUCCAUGAUCUUAUGAAGGAGACCCCUACAAUCCACUUGUCAGGGGAUCAUGAAUCCGAAAAAAUCAAAGACGAGAUCGAUUUGGUCAUUGACACCGAAAUUCCAAAGCUUGCUGCCGAAAGGGGAUUCGACAAAGAAGCAACAAAAUACCUUCUUGAGGAGUUACACGAAGUCGAAAACCGAACUUAUCUAUGGCUGAGUCUAAUCAUGGACGAGAUUCGGCUCAGUGAGCGACCAGCCAAUAAGCGAGAACUACAAAAAAUUAUCUCAGGCUUGCCGCGAAGUCUGAUUGAUGCUUACGAAGGAAUCCUAAAGAGAUGUCGCCACCCAGACCUUGCAAGACAGAUCCUGUCUAUCAUCCUGGCUGCCCGGGAGCCUUUAACAGUCGAUGACAUGAAAAUAGCCACUGCUCUUGCGAGUGACUUUGGAUAUUGCUCAUAUGAAGAAAUUGGGAUCGAACGGUCUGAUGCAUUUGAAAUGAGAAUCAAAAAUGCUUGUGGUCUUAUGGUGACUAUUGACGACGGCUCUGUAUUUCUUAUUCACCAAACAGCCAAAGACUUUCUGACUGAGGCUAGCGGUGCUACUCGAAACAGUGAGAGUUGGAGACAUAGUUUCAGUCCGCUGGAUUCGGAAAUAUUACUCGCAAAAAUUUGCAUCACUCUGCUUUCUUUCACUUAUUUUUCUGAAACUCCACUCACAAUCGAUAACGGCGAUGAUGAAACUCACAAGUUGAUUUCUGAAUAUACCAAGAAUAAUCCUUUUCUCAAGUAUGCAGCAAUGAAUUGGAUGGAUCACUCCCAUGAAGCUGAGCUUGACAGCAAUUUAGACUGGAUGCUGUCGAUGGUAUCCCUUUGCAGCGUGAAUAAACCGGUAUUCAGGACAUGGUACACAAUUCACCAACGAUUAGGUACGGGCUGGUUCCCUUGGAAGAUGACAAGCUUGAAUAUUACCGCUGAGUUUGAUUUUCCAAAUGUGCUUGCUUCUUUUCUGGAAAGUGGUGAGGACCCAAAUGAGCCUGAUGGCUGCGGGGCAACACCGUUGGCGCGCUCUGUACAAAAAUCUAAGAGAGCUGUGGCCCUUCUUUUAGACGCCAAUGCAGACAUUAAUGCCCAAGGAUGGGAUGAACCCUGGCACUAUGAAAUCGAUGACUCAGGCAGCGAAAUUGAAGCCAAGCCGUUUUCAGGUACCCCACUGGUCAUGGCUGUAUUAAACGAAGACCUCGAAAUGGUCAAAUAUCUCAUCAAACGUGGAGCGAAGAUAAAUUUUCCUUCACAUAAUUCCCUAACGCCGCUUUACGCAGCAUGCAUCCAGUAUAUUAUCAAUGAUGAAUCAGAAUCAAGAGAGGUUCUCAGUCUGCUGCUUCGCUCUGGGGCGAAUGUUUGCUUUGAGCUCAGAGAAGUUGAUGGUCAGCUAGGGAUGACAGCCCUCCAUUUUGCAGCUGAGUACGGCGACCCGUCAAUUUUAUCGAUCCUUCUCAGCUCGGAAACUGCAGAUGUCAAUUUCCAGCUUCGGAAAUUAUCGAGCAAUGUUUUAAUGAAAGACAAUGAUCCAAUCAAAGGCCAGUCAAGUGUCGAUGAGCCAAGAAGUUCAAGCGAUCAGGGCACUUUAUCACAAAAUGGCUUUGAUUCCGACAGUGAAAAAGAGACCAGUGGAUCUAAUAAGGAUAAAGAUUCAAAAGCUGAUAGUGAAGCUGAUUACAAGGCCCUCACACCAGACAAUGUUUCCAGCCCUAGCUUCAAUCGUGAUAGCCAUAAAUCUGACUCAUCUGAGUCAAUCGACCUGUCUCAAAAUUAUUUAGUAGGGGCCACUCCCUUACAUCUCGCAGCGAGAGCUGGAUUGGUGAAGAAUGUCAAGCUUCUUCUCGAGCAUGGAGCCGAUCCGCAUAUCGAAGAUUCUGAUGGCUAUACAGUCUUCGAUUUAGUGUUUAGAAUACUCCCGACUGUCGGCAUUGGCGAUGACAAUAGCUCCCCUCUUAUAAAAGCGCAAGCGGAAAUGACAGACUCGCUUGCAAAAUAUGGUCAAUUUUCCUCGGACAGUGAAGAGUCCCUCAGUGGAGUUACUUCUACAGACGGUUAA